UUAAAAUACUAAAGAAAAAAAUAUAUAUAAAGAAAUCAAAGAAGAAUCUAAUCUACUAAUCCAUCCGCCGCCGCCUUCUCUCCGAACAAUCUCUCAAUCUUACACACUCACAAUGGGUGACCGGAAGAAACGAAAACCCAAUCCCACCAACAACGACAACAACAACAACAACAAGAACCAAAAGAGACGACAUUCGAAUGAUAACGACAUCAACAAAGACGAACUCGUAAUCUACAGAAUCCUCUGCCCCGUUGGACUCAUCGGUGGCGUCAUAGGCAAGAGCGGAAAAGUCAUAAACGCCAUCAGAGACUCCACCAAAGCCAAAAUCAAAGUAUUUGAUCAGUUACCUGGUUCCACUCAAAGAGUCAUUACAAUCUAUUCCCAAGUUAAAGAGAAAGUUGAUGUAACAGAGUCUGAAAAAACAGAGGAGCCUCUCUGUUCCGCACAACAUGCUCUUCUCAAAGUCCAUGAUACUAUUGUGAGUUGUGUAGAAUCUAGUGCUGGAGAGAAUAAGAAUGGUGGUAAGAAGAAGGAGUGUCGUCUUUUAGUUCCGUCUAGUCAAGCUUCUGGUCUGAUUGGUAAAGCUGGUGGGAAUAUUAAGGGGAUAAGGAGUAGAACUCGAGCUUGUGUUAGUGUUGUUUCUAAAGAUGUUUCGGAUCCUUCACAUGCUUGUGCUUUGGAGUUUGACAAUAUUGUUCUGAUAUCUGGUGAGGUUGAGUCUGUGAAGAAGGCUCUUUACGCUGUUUCUGCUACCAUGUAUAAGACUAACCCUCGAGAACAGAUUCCUUUGGAUUCAACAACGGUCCAGGAAACUCCAGCUAGUGUUGUGAUUCCCUCGGAUUAUGUUUAUCCAUACACAAAUCAUGAUCAGAUUCUUUAUCAUAGGGCAUCUGAACUCCAGGGUUAUGCGGAAACCACUGCUAAUUCGAUGAUGCAUGUUGCUAGUCCUCCUGUGUCUCAUGGUUUUGGCGGAUCAAAAGAGCUGGUUUUGAAGGUGUUAUGCCCUUUGUCUAAUGUUGGUCGUGUUAUUGGUAAAGAAGGUUCGACCAUUAAUGGAAUGAGAGAAGCAAGCGGUUCUCGUAUUGAGGUUAAUAAAGCAACGCAUGGUGAUGAUGAGUGUGUUAUCACUAUCACCGCUACAGAGUCUCAUGAUGAUAUGAAGUCUAUGGCUGUUGAAGCUAUUCUUCUUCUGCAAGAGAAGAUCAAUGAUGAUGAUGAGGAGAGAGUUAAGAUGCAACUUCUUGUUUCUCCCAAGACUGUUGGAUGCGUUAUAGGGAAAAGCGGCUCUGUCAUAACCCAAAUCAGGAAAAGAACCAACGCCAAUAUCCGUAUCUCGAAAGGGAAUAACGAUGAUCUUGUUGAGAUAUCUGGUGAAGUCAGUAGUGUGAGAGAUGCUCUCAUUCAGGUUGUUCUAAGACUUCGAGAAGAUGUUUUAGGAGAUAGAGGCAGUGUCUCCGCUAGGAAUCCUCCUGCAAGAUCUGAUCAUUCCGGUUUUACACUUCCUCCUUUUGUGUCUUCAGUUCCAGAAUACGGUUCUGUAGAUUAUGAUCAGAGGCGAGAGACAGGGGAAAGCAGCUUAGGAAUGGUUUCUUCAGAUAGACUCUACGGUUAUGAAAGUUUCCCGGCAAGAGAUAAUGGUUUGGGAUCAAUCGGUCCAUACUCAUAUGGAGGGGGAUUGUAUCAAUCUUCUGCAUUGGAGAUUCUUGUCCCGGCGAAUGCAGUGAGUAAAGUUAUCGGCAAAGAUGGAGGCAAUUUGGAGAACAUAAGAAGGAUAUCAGGAGCGAUGGUAGAAGUUUCGGAUUCCAAAACUUCACAUGGUGAUCGCAUUGCUCUCAUAUCAGGCACACCUGAACAGAUGCGUAGUGCAGAGAACUUGUUCCAAGCUUUUAUUAUGUCCACUUGAAACUGUCUCUGUCUCUGUCUCUUCUAGCUUCUUGGUGAGUUCUUGUCUCACCUCGGUUUACUGUGACUGUAGGAUAAGUUGUUUAGGAAUAACAAACCGGAAUUAAAUAAUAUUCCGGUUUACUGUUCAUGUGUCUGGUAUGAGAUAACGAGCCUUGUACCGUACCGUUGCUUGUUAAUGAAAUUCUUGGGAUUUACAUGCAGAAAGCCCUUUUAUUGUUUAUUAUAAAUUACUUCUUUUUUUUUGUUAUUUUCACAACCUGUAACCAUUGAGAAACUACUUAUUAAAAUGCUUAAAAU